AUGGCUCUUCAGAUCUACGGCCCUUCAAGGGCGUUUAGAUCAGGGGCUGCUUUACUAUUGCCGUGGACUCUCGAGAUUACCAAGUACAUCAGGGGAGAAGACGAGAUCUUAGGAACAUUAGCCGCCAUGAACGAAGCAGAAUAUCAUGGGCUACGGCUGUGUCUGGACCUACUGAAAGACUUGGGUCCACGACAUCUAGUGAUCUGUGAAGACUCGAACAUGGUGAUCCGACAAGUACGAAGUGAGAUCGACUGUAAGGUACCGGGUUUGACACUGCUACGGCAGAGGGCUCUGGAUCGACUGCGAACUUGGCCGGAUCUUGAAUUGGUGCACAUCAAACAGGAUUCGAAUGGGAGUGCCGAUAGCUUGUCUAAUGCUGCGCUGCAACGGACAUGCGGGAUUGAGGUCGAUUCUGAUCAAGUGACUUUGAACCGAUUGGAUGAGAUCCUGGUAGCGAAGAUCGAAGAUGAGAUUGCACAUGUAUCUGCUGUAACAACCCGACCUAAGGCUAGAUCUGGAGCGCGAACAGGAUCUGACCCAGACACACCACUGAGAGAACUGCAGGUCGUGCGGAUCCAGCAAGCCCAGGACGAAGAGUCGUGUAUCUCUGGAUUGAAGAAAUAUUUGGACGGCGAGGCCGGGGAUCUGACACAAAAAGAGGCCAAUGUAUUCGGAUCAAUCGGGAUGAAUUACGAAGUGAAUCAAUCGGAUCUACUCUUCUCCUGUCCGUCAACCAAAGAAGCUGCCGCAGAUCGAGACAAGUUGAUACGGCUGGAGAAUGUAUCGAAUGUGAAUCAGGCAAAUGACAACCUCGGAUUCAGGUCGCCUGGCAACCUUUCAAGCAACAUACACGUUCCAGAUCAUUGCCAUGGAUCACAUACUCUCGCUCCCAAGAUCACUCAGUGGGACACAGACCUGCUGAGCUUUGAAGAUCUAUUCUCGGGAUAUGUAAUUGUCAAGGCUAUCCCUUCUAGAUCUGCACAGACGAUCGCCGAAACUUACGAAGAAUGCGUUUUCCGCAAAUUUGGAGCGAGCGAGGUGACCCGGCAUGAACGAGACUCAGGCUUUAUGUCUAAUUUCUUUAAGUCCUUUAACAAAAGCUUGGGUCGACGUCAACGUGCUCCUAUGGUCUAUCGACCUCAGACCAAUGGAUCUUCAGAACGGAUGGUCCAGACAACCACCGGGGCUCUUAAGACGUAUGUGCAGGAUCUGGAUCAACGCGAUUGGGACGAAUACGCUGAACGGCUCAUAUUUACGAUCAAUACUGCAAGAGAUCGGAUCCGAGGUGAAACCCCUUUCUACAUGGUAAAUGGCUGGAACCCUAUGUCUACCCUAGCAGCGGUGGUCCCGGGAGUACUCGUCGGCAUGAUCAGGAUCCAAGAAGGUGGCGAUAUCGUAUGCAAAAAUAUUUCCGACAAGCUCGAGAACAGAUUAACCAACGUCUGCGCGAAGCCAUCCCGUAUUAAGCUGACGCACACAAUGAUCUAUAGAUGCUGGAUCGAGUGCGUGAAGGAUAUGCGAAGAAACAGGCGUAUCUAUGACACGGGCACUUCCGCGUUGCAGGAUCAAGAUCCAGUGGAUCGAAUUUCUGACAUGAGGACUGGUACAAGGACGAGAUAUGGACGAAUCUACAGAGAAUUCUUGGUAAAUUGGCGUGGAUACAAAGAUCCAACUUGGGUGGAUGAAGCGAAUCUCAACUGCAGUGCCUUUCCCUACGAGUUUCUGCGAUGCCGCACCAAUCGUAAUAGAUUUGGUAUGACGCAGAGCCAUGAGGAGCCAUGA